UUUGGGGGCUUUUGUCACUUUGUAGAGAGAGAAGACAGGAAACGAAUGAGGAAAGUGGGGGGAAUGAGAUCAGGGCAUCAUGCUGACCAGAACUGAAUCAGCAUUUACCACAUAAGCACCACUGCUUAACGCAUCUGGACCUGGCUCCAACAGCAUCCACAAGUGCAUGUAGUAACAAAGUAGACUUUAUAUAAAGCAUAGAUAUAACCUCUUUUAAUAUUCACUUACUUUUACUCUUCAUUUGAGACAGAAGGAAGGUCUGGAAUCCCACAUCUGGGUCUCUUUCUAUAAUCUCACAAUGUUAUGAGAAUAUCAUGACUUUAAUCUAUGGCUUAAAAUACCUCCAAAACACAUACUUAGCACUUUGCCACAGCUGAUGAUAUAUGGUAUACAAUUUAAAGCCGUUUGGAAAUAGUGAUGAUACAUUGGUGCUUGUAUGAUGAUGAUAUACUGUAAGAUGCGGUUAUAAAAUAGUAGACUUCACUUUAAUUAAACUGAAUACACUGAACAUUUAUUUCCAAUUUGCGUAUUACAAAAUUUACUAGGGGAAAUCUGCUUUACGGACCUGAUGCAUAAGUGAGUAUGUCAAGGACGACUGUAGAUGUACAGUUACCUUUUGAGAAAUAUAUAUAUAUAUAUAUAUAUAUAUAUAUAUAUAUAUAAUAUUAUUAUUAUUAUUAUUAUUAUUAUUUUUAUUUAUUUUUUAUAUUUUAUUCCCUUUUCUCCCCAAUUUGGAAUGCCCAAUUCCCACUUCUUAGUAGGUCCUCGUGGAGGCGUGGUUAGUCGCCUCAAUUCAGGUGGUUGAAUUCAGGUUGCCUCCGCUUCUGAGACCAUCAAUCUGCACAUCUUAUCACGUGGCUCGUUGUGCAUGACACCGCGGAGACUCACAGCAUGUGGAGGCUCAUGCUACUCUCUGCGAUCCACGCAUAAUUUACCACAUGCCCAAUUGAGAGCGAGAACCACUAAUCAUGACCAUGAGGAGCUUACCCCAUGUGACUCUACCCUCCCUAGCAUCCAGGCCAAUUUGGUUGCUUAGGAGACCUGGCUGGAGUCACCCAGCACACCCUGGAUUCGAACUCGCGACUCCAGGGGUGAUAGUCAGCGUCAAUACUCUCUGAGCUACCCAGCCCCCCCCCCCUUUGAGAAAUACUGUAAGAGUUUUAGUUAUCAUCUAUUAGCAUUUUAUUUAAUAAAAUCAAAAUAAUUCAAGAACAGACUUAAAAUAAGAACAGACUAAAUGCUGCAUUUCCCACAAUAUAGAGUAAGAGGUUGCAUGAAAACAUGAUCUUGAUUUACAGCCAUUAUUAUAUUAUUUUCAGUUGUUUUGUUUUUUUACUUCUGCUUGACAUAAUCUUGAACCCCCCCCCCCAGUCAGUUUUCAUUAUAUAUAUUUUAUACUUGAAAUUUUUUUCAUUAAACUUUUAAUAAUGCUUUAAUAAAACAUCAGAUUGUAUAAAUUACUAUUUUGAAGAAGAAAAAUAUAUGAUCUAUACUGUAUAUGAUUCCUGUAUAUGAUGACCUAUGCUGCUGUGUAAUUUAAAUAAAUUAAGUACUGAUUACUUUGUGUUGAUGUGUUUAUUACACUAGUUAAAAACAAUCUGUUAUAUAAAAUACUUAAAAUCAAUAAAAAAAUAAAAAUCUAAAAUAUCUACCAUGAGGAAGUGUCACUGACUACUCAACACAUAAGACACACUUAGAUGAGAUUUUUUACAUACAAUUAACCCUCAGUUAUUGUAUUUAUUUUAUUUGACAAAUAAUUGGAAGGUUUUGAUUUCUCUUUUUAUAUAAGCAAUAGUUUGACAUCAAUAUCAGGUAAAAUCGAAAGAGAAAGUCAAGUAUCCUCAACCUGAUGUUGGUGUAGAUCUUCGUGUUUUGAACGGAUAUUUUGUGAUUAGUAAAUGUAUUGAGAUCGUUUCAUCAUGGCCCUGACGUCUCAACACUUGGAGGGGAUGGUGGAGAAGAUGUUGAAGGGUGAGGGACUCGAGGUGACAGAGUUUCAUUCACUCCCUGAACACAUGGACGUAGUUUCACGGAGAAACGUGUGUCUGUCAGUAUGCGCGGUAAUCUUCAACUCAAAGGGGGAGGUACUGAUGGUACAGGAGACCAAGAGGGAGUGUUAUGGCUCUUGGUACCUCCCUGCAGGCCGUAUCGAAGAGGGUGAAACCAUUGUAGAAGCCCUACAGAGAGAAGUCAGAGAGGAGGCAGGUAUCGACUGUCAACCAAUCACAUUGCUGCAGAUUCAAGAAGAAGGUCCAAAGUGGAUUCGGUUCACCUUCCUCGCUGAGAAAACAGGGGGCUCCCUGAAGUUGCCGGAGCAAGAAGAUGCAGAAUCACUGCAAGCUCAGUGGUGGGAUUUCGCCGGCGGUGACAUACCUUCAACCCUCCGUAAAGACGACAUUGUGAGCCUCAUUGAUGCUGGGAUAAAAUAUCGGCAAAAUCCCCCCUUCUCAACGUUACAACCUGUCAACUUACCCUGUGAUGUCGUCUGUCAAAGGAUUCUUCUCACAUUCAUCUCUAGCGACGGUAACACCGAAGACGGUGAUGAGGACCGCUUAUGGCUGUUGCUGAGCAACAGGAAGGAUAAUGAUGCCGGUUCGCAUCUCCAACUUCCUGUUGCAGUCUCAGUCCAGGCACAAACGAUCACAUUCACGGCAAACAGACUGGUUCACGAGUGCAUGCCCUUAGUUUACAACCAGCUUAGUGUGAACACAUGUGGGAUUUUGGGUGUGCAGCACAAUGGGAAACUGCUAAGCAAAGCAGAUGGGGUCUGUUUUAACACGCUUGUGUUAUUGGAGUAUGCAGAGGAAGAGGAGGGAAUCGAUCUUAGUAGUCCACCGAAAUCAGAGAGCGAUUGUUACAUAUGGCAUGAAGUGACCAAUCACAGCCUGAGGGCAGAAAUACUACAGAGAAUUAGAGAAGGGUCAGUCCUGCCUGUUCACAACCUAGACUAAUUUUGCCUUAAAGGAAGUUCACCCAAAAAUGAAAAUUCUCUCAUCAUUUACUCACCCUCAUGCCAUGUGUGUGACUUUCUUCCACAACCAAAUAUUUUAGAAUAUUUCAGCUCUGUAGGUCCUCACAAUGCAAGUGAAUGGGUGCCAAAAUUUUGAAGCUCCAAAAGCACAUAAAUUAGCAUGAAAGUAAUCCAGAAGACUUCAGUGGUUAAAUCCAUGUCUCCAGAAGUAAUAUGAUAGGUGUGGGUGAGAAUCAGAUCAAUAUUUAAGUAUUUAAUACUUUUACUAUAAAUCUCCACUUUCACAUUCUUGUUAUUGAUGAUUCACAUUCUCCGUGCAUAUCGCCACCUACUGGCAGGAAGGAGAAUUUAUAGUAUAAAAGGACUUAAAUAUCAGUCUGUUUCUCACCCACACUAUCAUAUUGAUUAUGUAGACAUGGGUUUAACCACUGGAGUCAUAUGGAUUACUUUUAUACCGCCUUUAUGUGCUUAUUGGAGCUUCAAAGUUCUGGUCACCAUUCUCUUGCUGAGGGGUGAGAAAAUGAGAGAACUCUCAUUUUUAGGUGAACUAUUCCUUUAAUCAUAAUAAAGCCAGGAUUUUGUUACAUCUGGCCAAAAAAUGUGUUAGCUUUACUAUGAAUAAGUUUUUCCAAAGCAUGCAAACUAGCCAAUAUGUACUGAAUCUGCUUCUCUGAAACAUGUGGAAUGAAAUGUGUAUCUCUCUUAAGAAUUGGAGACAAGAGGUCAGCAUUAAUGAAAGCACAGAAAGCUUUUUUUUUAGGAGGGGGGGAUUCUUUACACAAAUGACAUCGAUAAACUUUCAUGGUGCUGUGUAUCACACUUUUUGCUCUUUAUACGGUAUCAUUAGUGUUGGAUAGAUUACUUUUGAAAUGUAAUAUGGUACUGAUUAAAAAUUACCCAAACAAUUUUUUAUAACACUUUUUAGGUAAUCUAAUUUGAUUGCUUUGGGACAACUAUUGCAUGUUCUGAUGAAAACCUAUUUGAAAGUAAACCAUAAAGUAAAUUUAAUCUGAUUAAGUGUUUACAAUUUUAAAUGUAAUCUAAAUAAUACAUUUGUGUAAUCCGAUUAUGUAAUCCAGAUUACACAUAGUCAAUUACUAUCCAACACUGUGUAUCAUUACAUUAUUGUACCUCAGUAUGUGGUUUAACUAUGUGGUUUUUAUAAUACAAUGCUUGCAAUGAUGUCAUUAAUACUUGCAUACUGAAUGU